AUGCAUCUGUGCAGCAUCGCCAACAAUUGCGAUAAUGACGCCGUCAUCCCUCCGAGUGUGGAUUUGCACGACAGAUUCCCCAAGGCGCAUUUUCGUGGGGCUGUUACAGGCGACACAGAGGGUGGCCGAGGCGGCUACGGCGGAUGGAGCAAAGAAUUUGAUAUUCUUGCUGACCUUGACAAUAAUGUCAUUCGUUUCGUCACUCCAGCACGGUCAUCAUCGGACUUGUGGGAGGGAAACCCUAGGCAUCAACCCUCGAGUGAUUUCGUUCGCGAGCCGCUGGACGCAACCCGUGAGGCUUUUGGCAGAAAUAUCCAUGUCAUUGUUGGUGACAACCAGACUUGA